AUGUACACCCAGAAGUUCGUUUCCGCCGUUGCGGCUCUUAGCCUGGCCACUGGUGCCUGGGCCCUCGACUGCAGUGAUGACACCGUCACUAUUGAGUCUGCCUCCGACAUCACCACUUUCCAGUCUUGCGACAGCGUUGACGGCAACGUUGUCAUCACCACUGGUGCUGGCGAGACAAUCGAUAUCUCUGGUCCCAGCAGCAUUGGUGGUGACUUCACUGUCGAGAACAAUGGUGGUCUGAUCUCUCUGACCUCGGACUCCCUCGAGACCAUUGGUGGUGCCUUCACCCUGAAGAACCUUACCCUGAUCUCCACCCUGUCCUUCACCAAGCUCUCGUCCGUUGACUCCAUCAACUGGGCUACCCUGAGCAACCUGGACACCCUGACCUUCGGUACUCCCGGUCUGACCAGCGCCAAGACUGUCGCCAUUGCCGACACCUUCCUGAGCACCCUCGAGGGUAUCAACAUCCACAGCUUGGACUCUAUGGAUAUCAACAACAACCACCGUCUCACCGACUUCACCACUGAGCUGUACAACCUCUCGACCCUGCUCAACAUCAACGCCAACGGCGAGGAUUUGAGCGUCAGCAUGCCGAACCUGAUCUGGGCCGCCAACAUGACCAUCUCCAACGUUACCAGCUUCUCUGCUCAGUCUCUUGAGACCAUCAACGGCUCCAUCCGCUUCGACUCCAACUACUUCACCUCCUUCAGCGCCCCCAACUUGACUGAGGUCCAGACUGGUGAUGUCUCAUUUGUCAGCAACUCUGAGAUCACCAACAUCUCCAUGCCUCUGCUCACCAAGGUUGGUGGUGGUUUCACCAUUGCCAACAACACCGCCAUGGAGGAGCUCAACGGCUUCCCUGCCCUGGAGACCGUUGGUGGUGCCGUUCUGAUCCGUGGUAACUUCUCUGAGGUCGACCUGCCCUCUCUUAAGGAGGUCGAUGGUGGAUUUGACAUCUCUUCCACUGGUGAUAUCGACACUUCUUGCGACACCUUCAAGACCCUCUCUUCCAAGGACUACAUCAAGGGUUCUUACAGCUGCACUAGCAACAACGCUGAUGCUAACAGCGACCUCGACAGCACUGGCGGUACCUCCAGCUCUGGAAACAGCUCCAGCAGCGCUGUCAUUGGUGCCUCUGGCAUGAGCAUGUCGUGGCUCGUCAGCUUGGUCUCCAUUGCCGGCUUCGUUGUUGCCUUCCUGUAA